AUGGGGAACACUUGCAAGAGAUGCUUUAGCGUAGAGGGGGCCGAGACCGAGGAGGAUGAGCACGAGAUCUUGUUUUUCUCACUGCGACAUGCGGCGACCGUCACUCUCAAAGAGAUGCAUCAGUUUGGUGCUCAGGCGAACAACAAGCGGGCGCUGCUGCUGGCAGCUCAGUUCCUUCAUGAAGAGCUCCCUAUACGCCUAGCAAGGAGAGUGCGAGAGUUGAAGAAGUUGCCGUUCGGACUCGGGGAAACAGCUGCGAUGACGCAGGUUAGAAAGCUGUAUGAGAAGAGCUUCUUUCAAAUACGACGAACACCAACACCCAAGACUUUAGAGAUCGAAGAGAAUUUCACACAAGUUCUGGACCGAAUGAUGUCUGAGCACAACAACGUUCAAGCGACUGUAGCGCGUGGGUUGCAGGAACUUCUCACGCGUGAGGGAGACUUUGCGAUGCAUCAACGCGGGAUCAUCAGUCGCGAGCACAUCCCGGGCAGCAUCGCCUCCUUCGACUUCGGCCAAUUCCUUGACAGAUUCUACCUCUCUAGGGUUGGGAUGCGGGUGCUGGUGGGGCAGCACAUUAUGCUACAUCAUCCUCAAGAUGGCUUCAUCGGCAUCAUCCAGACGGAAUGUCAACCGGCCUUUGUAUGCAGCCAUGCCAUCCAGGAUGCUCAGCACAUAUGCCAGCUGAGCUAUGGAGUUGCCCCAAACGUUCAGAUGGAAGGAUCGAUUGACAUGAAGCUGCCUUACAUCCCCGAACAUCUUCAUUACAUCUUCUUCGAGCUCCUCAAGAACUCCAUGAGGGCGGACGAGUUACCUCCCGUCAGUGUGGUGUUUGCAGAAGGCGAUGAGGACAUCGCCAUCAAGAUCUCAGACAAGGGAGGAGGAAUCUCUCGUUCGGGCAUGGAGCGCUUGUGGACGUACUCCUUCACCACAGCGGGGAAGACACGGGAAAAGCUCCAUCAGCUCGAGCAUGACGACAAGCCCGUCAUGGCUGGGUUCGCACAUGGACUGCCUCUAAGUCGCAUCCAUGCCCGAGCAUUCGGAGGAGACUUACAAGUGAUGUCGAUGCAGGGGCAUGGAACGGACGUGUACAUUUACUUGUGGAAGCUGGGAGACCGAGAAGUCUCAGUACCUUGA